CAGAAGUUGGACAGAAACUAGGAAUCAUACCAGGUCAAAAAAGGCUAUAUAAGAACUUUAUUUUCUACAUUAAAUCAAGCAUUCGGGAUGUCGGUUGUGAGUGCCCUGCCUUUCCUGAAGGAUAUCCACAUGCAUCGGGCACCGAUGUCUCCCGGGCGCCAGCGCCGCCACACGCUGCCUGCCAGCGAGUUUCGCUGCCUCAGCCCGGAGGACGCAAUCAGUGUUUUUGAGAUCGAGAGAGAGGCUUUCCUCUCCGUGUCAGGUGAAUGUCCGUUGCACUUGGACGAGGUGCGUCAUUUUCUGACGCUGUGUCCGGAGCUGUCUUUGGGCUGGUUCGAGGAGGGGCGACUGGUGGCCUUUAUCAUCGGGUCUCUGUGGGAUCAGGAGCGACUAAGCACGGAUGCACUGACUCUCCACAAACCCCAUGGCUCCAUCGUGCACAUCCACGUGUUGGCGGUCCAUCGCACUUUCCGGCAGCAAGGGAAGGGCUCCAUCCUCCUCUGGCGCUACCUGCAGUAUCUGCGCUGCUUGCCCUACGUGCGACGCGCUGUACUGAUGUGCGAGGAUUUCCUGGUGCCUUUCUACCAAAAGUCCGGCUUCAAGCCCCUGGGUCGCUGCGAGAUCACCGUGGGACCGCUCACCUUCAUCGAGAUGCAGUGUCCAGUGCGCGGCCAUGCCUUCAUGCGGCGCAACAGCGGCUGCUGAGCUGACUCUAUAGCGCGCGACUUUAUAGCGCGCGCGGUGAUGUUUGGUGUCGUCGCUUUGCUUAGUUGUUCUUUUCUGUGAUAUUAUGAGGCAUUAAGGGGAAAUAUUACCCCCUGCGAAGUGGUUUGGAUCAUUCGUCGACUGCUUGCAAAUGUUGGACUAAAUGUGUAUAUGUUGCGCGCCAUGCGUCACCGUGAACGACCAGCAAAACGGUGCCCAAAAUACCCGGAAUCACUAGACAAUAUAGAGACCUGAAAAUGUGUUAUUUUUUUCUAAUUACGUGUUGAGUUUCAGUUUGACAAAACUGUUUUUUGUUUUCCUUUAAAGAUUAUUAUUUUUAUAUUUUUUAUGAUGGUAACUAAUUUAUACUUUGUUUGCACUUUUUAUGCUGGAUAUUUUUUAAAGCAAUUUCUUAAUCUAUCGACAAAGAAUGUUUCUUUAUAUUUACUUGUAUGUAUCUCAGUUUGGCAAGGUUUGACCAUUUCAGAAAUUCAGUCGGUUUAUGUUGUCUCCUUACCAUCACUUAUUGUAUUCAACAGGUAAUGAGGACUAUUAUACGGUGUUUGCAAUGGUCAUUGUCUGUUAGUUGUGUGGCUGCAUUGGUGUGCAUUUCUCCAAUACAAGCAUUAAAAUAUUCGUAGCAUCAACUUGACCCCUUUUGAUUGUGGGCUCUUGUUACCCAAGAUACCAUUAGAGCUUGAAAGUAACCUUUUAAAAAAAUAAAAUAAAAAAUAAAAUAGGUCUAUCAUGACAAACAGGUGCUCCAUUGUACUACACAUUAUUUGUUUACACUUAAAUUCUGUAUUGACCAUGCAGCCAAGUCCAACAUAACAUUGUUUAUAUCAGUGUGUACACAUUUCAAAAUAAUUUCACCACCAGUUUCAUGGAACUGUAUUGUAUUUGGAGAUCCUGGUUUCCAGUAGGCAUAUAGCAGAUAUCAGACUCCCUAUAAUUUGUCUGCAUGAUAGUUUUUUGGUCAGCGGCUGGUGCGACCACAAAACCCGAACCUCCAACUGGCUGUCUGUCUUCAGCGCAUGUGAGGGGGUUUUAUCCAUUAAGGAGAGUGGCGAGCCGGGUGAGCUCCAUUAAUGAGCUUCUAUGAAUGUGAGUUUAACAUUUACUGCUAGGCAUGGAUGGACUGGUAAUCUGGCAUAGAGGACAUUUCCCGGUGGGCUGACAUUCCUCAAGGGAUGAUGCUGUAAGUUUUUUUUAAAUUAUUUUUUCCUGACCUACAAUUGAUGCGUCCUGGGAGCUUUUGUGGUAGUGGCAGUACUGUAGCACACACCAGUUUGGCAUAGUCUCUUGACCACUCUGUUAUUCACAGCCAGAAUUAAUGAUAAAAACGUCCUGUUAAGUGUACAACUGUCCAUAAAACCUUUGGGAUAUGAAGGGGGGUUGGUGACUUCUCUGCAUUUCACACUAGACAUACCGCCUACCCUAAGACAUCUAGACUUGCUAUAUUUUUUCCCAAGACAAACUU